CUGCCCCCCCCCCCCCCCCCCCGCCUUUGCAGAAGAGGCAGCAGCGUUAACAUUAGCCGAAGAUGUCGGGUCAGACGCUGACAGAUCGCAUCGCAGCUGCUCAGUACAGCGUUACGGGAUCGGCCGUGGCCAGAGCCGUCUGCAAAGCAACCACGCAUGAAGUGAUGGGGCCCAAGAAAAAGCACCUGGACUAUUUGAUCCAAGCUACCAAUGAGACCAAUGUUAAUAUUCCCCAAAUGGCCGAUACCCUCUUUGAGAGAGCAACAAAUAGUAGCUGGGUGGUUGUGUUCAAAGCCUUAGUCACAACACAUCAUUUAAUGGUCCAUGGCAAUGAGAGAUUUAUUCAGUAUUUGGCAUCUAGAAAUACACUAUUCAAUCUCAGCAACUUUUUGGAUAAAAGUGGAUCACAUGGAUAUGAUAUGUCUACCUUUAUAAGGCGGUAUAGUAGAUACCUGAAUGAAAAAGCAUUCUCCUACAGACAAAUGGCAUUUGAUUUUGCAAGAGUGAAGAAAGGAGCUGAUGGUGUAAUGAGAACAAUGGCUCCAGAAAAGCUGCUAAAAAGUAUGCCAAUAUUGCAGGGACAAAUUGAUGCACUACUUGAAUUUGAUGUUCAUCCAAAUGAACUGACAAAUGGUGUCAUAAAUGCUGCAUUUAUGCUUCUCUUUAAAGAUCUUAUUAAGCUUUUUGCUUGCUACAACGAUGGAGUCAUUAACUUACUAGAGAAAUUCUUUGAAAUGAAAAAAGGACAGUGUAAAGAUGCUCUUGAAAUUUACAAACGAUUUCUGACUAGAAUGACAAGAGUAUCUGAAUUUCUUAAAGUUGCAGAGCAAAUUGGAAUCGACAAAGGGGAUAUUCCUGAUCUCACGCAAGUAUUGCUGUCAAGAGUUCUGGUUGAUCUGAAAGACACUGAUAAUGAAAAUUCCCCUUUUAAAGACUGUACCAUUGAUGAACCGGCUCCCAGCAGUCUCAUGGAGACUCUCGAGCAACAUCUAAACUCCUUGGAAGGAAAAAAACCUGGCAAUAGUGAAGGAUCUGGGGCUCCUUCUCCUUUAAGCAAGUCUUCUCCAGCCACAACUGUUACAUCUCCUAGUUCUACUCCAGCAAAAACUAUUGAUACAUCUCCACCAGUUGAUCUCUUUGCAACUUCUUCAACAGCAGCUCCUGUCAGUAGCACUUCCAAACCAUCCAGUGAUCUUCUGGAUCUUCAGCCAGACUUCACAUCAGCUGUGCAAGCAGCUCCAGCAGCUCCUGGAGGAGCAACUUCAUGGGGAGAUCUCUUAGGAGAGGAUAAUCUGGCUGCACUUUCCAGUGUUACUUCUGAGCCACAGAUUUCAGAUCCCUUUGCACCAGAACCUAGCCCAAGUACUGCUGCAACUACUGAUGCUCCAACUACUUCAGCUUCUGCUACAACUACAACUAUUACUGCUGCCACUGCUGAAGUGGAUCUCUUUGGAGAUGCCUUUGCAGCUUCUCCUGGUGAAGCCCCUGCAGCACCUGAGGGGGCAGCAGCACCAGCUACCCCAACCCCUGUAGCAGCAGCUCUUGAUGCAUGUUCAGGAAAUGACCCUUUUGCCCCAUCUGAAGGUAGUGCAGAGGCUGCUCCUGAGCUGGACCUCUUUGCUAUGAAGCCAACAGAGACCAGUGUUCCUGUAGUUACCCCUACAACUAGUGCAGCCACUCCAGCUCCUGCAACUACUCCUUCUCCAGCUGCUGCUGCUGCUGCUGCUGCUACUACUGCUACUGCCACUGCCACUGCCACUACCACUACCACAUCUGCCACCACUUCUGCUCCUCCUGCUCUAGAUAUCUUUGGUGAUUUAUUUGAGUCUGUUCCUGAUGUUCCUGCACCACCUAAACCAGAUGCUACUCCUAGCAUAGACCUGUUCGGUACAGAUGCUUUUUCAUCUCCACCACAUGGAGCUUCUCCUGUGCCUGAGAGUUCUCUUACUGCUGAUCUCUUAUCUGUGGAUACGUUUGCAGCAGCAUCUCCUCUACCCACUACAUCUCCAGCAAAGGUGGAUUCUUCAGGUGUGAUUGACCUAUUUGGUGAUGCUUUUGGAAGCAGUGCUUCUGAACCCCAACCUGCAACCCAGGCUGCUUCUAGUUCUUCAGCUUCUGCAGACCUACUGGCUGGUUUUGGAGGUUCUUUCAUUGCUCCCUCUCCAUCACCAUCUCCAGUUACUCCAGCUCAAACCAACUUAUUACAGCCCAACUUUGAUGCAGCUUUUGGAACAUCAUCUUCAACUUCAACUGCUGGCAGCUCAUUUGAUGCAUCAGUGUUCGAUGGUUUAGGUGAUCUUCUUAUGCCAACUAUGGUUCCCUCUGGUCAGUCCAUAGCAGCUACUGCUGCAGCACCUUCCCCCUCUUCAGCAGCAACCAAAGGCCUUGGAAGUGAUCUUGAUUCAUCUCUUGCAAGUUUAGUAGGCAAUCUUGGAAUUUCUGGUACAACUUCAAAAAAGGGAGACCUUCAGUGGAAUGCUGGAGAAAAGAAAUUAACAGGAGGAGCUAACUGGCAACCAAAAAUAGCACCUGCAAUGUGGUCAACUGGUGGUGUCCCAAGCAGUUCGUUGACAGGAACUGUGCCUCCAGCAAGUGCUGUUCCCCCAACAGCAGGUGCCCCCCCUGCUGCGCAACCAGGAUCAGGAUUUGGAAUGCCUCCUGCUGGAGCAGGUGUACCCAUGAUGCCACAGCAGCCAGUUAUAUAUGGGCAGCCUAUGAUGCGGCCACCAUUUGGAGCUGCUUCUGGACCUGGUGUACAACUCUCUCCAAGCCCUACUCCCGCCUCUCAGAGUCCCAAGAAACCUCCAACAAAGGACCCGUUAGCAGAUCUUAACAUCAAGGAUUUCUUGUAAACAAUUAAAGCUGCAUUUUUUUCUGACUGGAUACUAAAAAAUGUGAGUUUGGAGUCUACAAAUAAUAGUUUGAUGCUCAGAGUUUCAAAGUGAGCCACCAGUACCAAACCCAGUGCUUAUUCAGACUCUCUUACUUCCAAAACGUGUAGCACAGCUGUGAAAGUGAACAUUAGGAAUGUGUACUACCUUAGCUGUUACCCCCUACUCUCUCUAAAUUUGUGUACUUGGGUUAUUUGUGUUUUACAACUUAAACAAUGGAUGUAUGUUUCCGAUGCCUUCUAGUGCUUUUCUGCACCUAUUCAGUGGGGGCAGAUUAUGCAGCCGUUGUGUGGUGAGCCAUUUGGAGCGAUGUGUCUGUGUUUUUUGAAGGUUUCAAUGUAUAUAACUUUUUGACAAACACCUGAAAUUUCCCUAAGAGUUCAGUUUCUUCUGUAUCUGUUUAAAAAAACAAAACAAACCUAGUGUGAUGAUACCCAAUAGUAAAAAAGCACUUAACUAUGAUAGUUUUGUGUGGAAUACAUUUUUCCAAUCACAAGAAUCUCAAUUGUUGUGAAAAAAGUUUUAUUUUUGUGACACUAUAUAUGUUAAGAUAUAAUUUAAAGUAAUAUAAUGGUAACAUUCCAUGAGUAAUGCUUCUUUCAAGUUAUUUAUAAAGUAUGAAAAAUCAUAUCUGAAAAUACCUUAUUUAUCGUUUGUUUUUAUUUAAAAUGUAUUUUAACUUGAGUUUUUGCAUUUAAAUUGGCCUAUUUAUCAGUUCUUGCUAAAUGCACUGAAAAGAAGUAAAGGGUCAGUUUCUCUCCAAAUAGCUUAAAAAAAAGGCAACCAUAGUUGUACUGGCAUUAAGAUUUUUUUUAAAAGUACAAAAGCACUCUUUGGUAUAUCGGUAGUCAACAUUAUCUCAAGUGGUGUUUUUUCAUUUUUAUUUUUCUUGUAUGUACAUCUGUUAAUUUAGUGCUUACAUGUGUACUCCUUAGACUAGCAUUUUUUUCCAGUCCCCAACCACGCUGUGAGUAGUUUUUGUACUAUUUGUGAUUUAGGUCUAAUACUGAUCUAGAGAACUACACCCUUUACUGUACAUAUUGUGUUUCUUUGAUUUUUUUUUUUUUGUUGUUGUUUGUUUGUUUGUUCUCAUACUGUUUUGUGCUGAUGGCUUGGCUUAAGAAUUUAACUCUAAAUGAAGUCACUGUUGAUCAGUGUUACAAGUGGCUUGGCAGCUCUCUGUAAAAGCAUAUUGGGUUGGAAAGAUGUUCACUUAAGUCUUUCAAAUUACUAUUUAAUCAAUGUAUGGUACCAUUAAAAGUGGUUGUAUCUGAAUUUACUGUGGGGAUAACAUACACCAUAAGGGGGGGAGAGUUAUAUAAUGCUAAUUUCAAAAUGGCUCUUUGUAUUUCGGUUUAAAAACCCAGUGCAUGUAUGCCCUCUGAGAUGAUGCAAUAAACACCUUGAUCAAA